AUGGGCAACUCCAGUAGCUCUAAUAAGAUAUCGGCCCAGGAUAAGGCUAUUCUUGAUAUGAAAAUCCAGCGCGACAAGCUACAACAGUACCAAAAGCGGAUCGCCGUCAUCACCGAGCGCGAACGAGAAAUCGCGAAGGAGUGUCUACAGAAGGGUGAGAAAAAACGAGCGCUACUAGCGCUACGGCGGAAGAAAUACCAAGAGUCCUUGUUAGCCAAGACGGACGAUCAAUUGGCGCAGUUGGAGAUCCUCACGAACGACAUCGAGUUUGCGCGGGUUCAGAAAGAUGUCUUGUUCGGACUCCAACAGGGCACGGUGGUUUUGAAGGAGAUACAUAGGGAGAUGGGAGGCAUACAGCGGGUGGAGAAGCUGUUAGAAGACACGACGGAGGCUCAGGCAGCUCAAAGAGAGAUAAGCGAAAUGCUAGGUGGCAGAAUGUCGAACCAGGACGAAGAUGAGGUGGAAGAUGAGCUAGAAGCCCUCCAGGCGGAAGUGAAUGCUCACCAGUUCCCGGAUGCGCCGCGGAAGAAUGUGGAGGGGGAGCCAACUCGGAAGGUGCGCGAGACUCCACGAGAAAGAGCACAACGGAGGCGACAGGAGGCAGAAGCAGAGGAGGAGGAGAGAGAAGCAGUUCCAGCAUAA